CUUCCUCAUUACUUUACUAUUUGUAAUACGAGUAGUAAAUAAGGACAGUCUGAAUGGAACAUAACAAAAGUAUUUUGAGAUAUUCAAUUUAUUUGUUUUUUAUUAUUAUUAUUAUUAAUAUUAUUAAUUAUGGCUGAAAAAUUACCGGCUGAAAUAUUAAUUGAUAUUUUUACUAGAUUCCUUUUUAACUCAAAAUCAAAUAAUUUUAAACAACUCAUUAUACUUCGUCGUACGUGUAAAAAAUGGAAUGAUAUUAUUCUUAAAUGCGUUUUCGAUGAAUUAUCUAAGCAAAAUCACAAGUCUUGGGAAAUUGUGAUUGGAAUAUCCAAUCCACGUAUGCAUGCAGCAGCAGAAUUACAUUCAUUUGAUCGAAUAAAUCAAAGAUUUAAUUUUAAUUUCCCACGACAAACGAUAAUAAUUAAACCGGAACAAGAUAUUAAAGUGAAUUUUAAAUAUAAUCAUCCAUUUUUUCAUACUUUCACAUUAUUUAAACCAAGUAUACUAAAUGAUACGAAUAAUAAUCAAGGUGAGUUUUCUUUUAUAUUAAGUAAUAAUGAUGUUUUAAGAGAUGAAAAUGAAGUACAAUUGGAAUCAUUGAAGAUUAAAGCAAAGAUAUUUUGGGAAAAAGUUUAUCACAUAUUUGAUGAUAAUACUUUUGUCGAGCUCAGAAAAUCCCCUAGUUAUGUUAUUUAUGGUGAUCCAUAUUUUGAUGAUUUGUAAAUCAAAAUUUAUUAUUUAUGUAGAUUAAAGUAACUAUAUAAUAAUUAUAGAACUUUUUCAAGGAAUAUAUAUAUAUAUAAUAUAUAUAUAAUAUAUAUAUAUAUAUAUGUAUUUUUUUUUUAUUGA